UUGGGAAAGUGCUAUUCAGUUGCGGUAGUCUUUUGCCUCUAGCACGUUGGAAAAAGAGAGGAAGAAAAUCAUUUACGCAGAUGAAGAUGAACAAUCGCUCAUUGUGGCAUUUUUACAUAUAAUUUGUGUGCAUAUUAUUUCUAAACGCCUCGUCAAAUUGUUUAUUGUCCCCCUCACGUGCACUGUGUCCUCUGUCUCUGCACAGGAUUUUCUUUCUCGGUAUUAUCCAAGUAGGAUCUUAACUCACUUCAGACGACUUCUUUGGCGUGUUCGGUGCAAUGCAUUGUUUUUUUUCUUGUUCAAAGGUGUUAGGGAGGGAGAGAGAGAGAGGGACAGAAUGAAAGAGAAAUACCAAAAGUCUUCCGUCCUUAAAUUUCGUCCAGCCUACCCACCCACCAUGAAAGGAAACAGAAAAAUGAAAGUAAGACAUAGGAAGCUUCAGCCAUUCAAUCGAAAACGAAAAAAGUUGAUUAACAAAAGAGGAUGAAGCAUUCGUCUUUCUCUUCCACUUCUUACGGUUGUAUGUUCAAACUCCGAUAGAAACAGCAAUGCCGAGAACUUCAUUUAUCUCCUGUUUCGGGCGAACUCUCUCCUCCUGCAUCAAACCCGUCUCUCAUUCUCCUCCGGAAGAACGUCUUGCCGAAGUCCCCGCCAACUUUGAUGUGCUAGUCCUCCACUCUGGUUCGUUCCCUGCAAUAAAAUCAAUCGCUUCAGGUCUUUGUUCGCAUCUGGAAAGGGUAGGAAUCUCUGUUGGAUUCUCCGGCGACGCAGAGAUUGUUCGUGCGGAUGUUUUCAUCGUAAUUCUGUCAAAAGACUUCGCGGAUUCAACGGACCGGCUAGAGGAAUUAAAGAGAGUUCAUGAGAGCAAAGCGGAUUUGAUUCCAGUAUUCCUUGACGUCAGGCCGUCCGAGGUUCGGAGGACCGGCAAAGGUGCAUUCUGUGAUGCGUUUAAAAGGAUUAAAAAUGACCCUGGGUUUGAAGGUUGGAGAGUUUCCUUUGAGAAGACGGCUCUGAUAUCUGGCUGGAAAUUGAGCGACUAUGGAGGGAAUUCGAGGAAACUCGUAAAAGUAGUGGUUGAGAAUGUUAUAAAAAAGGUGAGUUCUUCUUCGUUACAAGUUGCAAAGCAUCCAGUUGGCCUUACUGAGAAGAUUGAGAAACUGGAAAGAUUGCUCGAAGUUGGAGAUGAAUCAAGCAAGGCCAAGGUGUUGGGAAUAGUCGGUAUGGGUGGCAUUGGCAAGACCACCUUGGCGAAAGAGUUCUUUAACAUGAAAAGGACCCAAUUCAAAGCAUCUUGCUUUGUUGAAGACGUAAAGGGUAAGAUUGAGAAAUCUGGACUUGAAAGAGUCCAGAGUCUUCUUCUCAACAAUUUGCUUCAGAUCGACCACCAGAUACAUAGCACUAAUCGUGGUAAGUUUCUCCUUAAGACAUGUCUUCCUCGAUCUGAAGUGAUUCUUGUUCUUGAUAACAUUGAUGAUUUGGACCACUUGGAUUCUCUGUCUAUUCCUGAACAUGUUCAUAGAAACAGCAUAGUGUUGAUCACAACCCGUGACAGGAGAUUGCUAGAGUGUAUCCCAGACUCCUUGAUAUAUGAUAUGGAAGGGCUUGAAAAGAAAUAUGCAAGGGAGUUGUUUUGUUGGCAUGCAUUUCUAAUGCCUCAUCCUGCUCUUGGAUUUGAUAUCUUGGUUGAGAAGUUUGUUACCUAUUGUGAUGGCUUGCCCCUUUCCUUAGAAACACUAGGGGGAAAGCUUUUUGGGGAAGAGCUAAACAUGUGGGAGGAAACACUGAGAAGUGUCUCUCAGAGCUUACCUGGUGAUAUUGAAAGACAAAUCAGAGUCAGCUAUGAUGCUCUUGAUUGGUUUGAGCAGCAGAUAUUCCUGGACAUUGCGUUGUUUUUUAUUGGAGAAAAUAAGGACAUGGCUGUUAGGAUCUGGAAUGCAUUAGAUUGGUUUGGCACUGUUGGUGUUCAGUCAUUGCAGCAAAAAUGCCUCAUUAAGUUGCAGGAUGGGCGGUUUCAAAUGCAUGAUCAGUUGAAAGAAAUGGCUGCAAAGAUAAUUGAUGAAAAAGAUAUAGACAAUCCUGGGCGUCGCAGCCGGCUUUGGCGUCCAAAUGAUGUCAUGAAAGUUCUCAGCAAUGAAUCGGGAUCAGAAAAUGUGGAGGGAAUUACAUUGACAACAAAACAAGUAGAAGAUGAAAAACCACAAAUCAUAAGAAACUCAUAUGGAGGGCUUGGAUCAGCUUGGUCUCUUCGUCCAUUUGCUCCUAUGAAGGAACUGCGUCUUCUAAUUCUUGAAGAUGCGUGUGUCAAAGGAGAUUUCAGGCUCUUAUCAAAAAAGAUUCUAUGGUUACGAUGGAGACAUUGUCCUAGUGGAUCUUUUCCCUUGGGACUACCUGUUGAAAAUCUACGUGUUUUAGACUUGUCAGGUGGCAAACUAUCAAGCCUCUGGAGUGAUAACAAUCAGAUUCCAGUGCAUCUAGAAGAACUACACCUGCAAGGUUGCGGAUCACUUCAAAGACUCCCCAAAUCAAUUAAAUUUUUAAAUGGCCUGGAAAAAUUGGUUCUGAGCCAUUGUGGGAAUCUUGUUGACCUUCCUGAUGAGUUGUGUGAAAUCUAUGCAUUGAAACAUGUGGAUCUUUCUCACUGUACCAGCUUGCAUUCUUUGCCAAAUCGUCUCGGAAACUGGAAGCAAUUGCGGUAUUUCAAUCUAUCUGGUUGUAAGAGCCUGGAAUCUUUGCCCUUAUGCUUUGGAGAAUUGGAAAAGUUGGAGCACCUGGAUAUUGAAUUUUGUUCAGCAUUAACUCAACUUCCAUUGUCAUUUUGCAAGUUAGUGGAAAUAAGACACCUUAAUCUAAACUGCUGUACCAACUUGGAGAUUGAAGCAGAUGUCAUAUGUGGUUUCAAUAAACUGGAGUUCCUCACUACCCUUGCUUGUAAAAGUUUCUACUUGCCUCGUAGAAUUUCAUGCCAAAGUUGUAUUAGGACUCUUCAUUUAUGUUGUUUGCGGUUAACAGCACUUCCUGGUUAUCUUGGAGAUCUUGAGAGUUUGGAGGUCCUUAUCUUAUAUGGAGGCCUUGAAGUAAAAUCACUGGAACCUGUUGUGUUUACCAAGUUAAAUCAUUUGAAAUAUCUGAACAUUAUUCGAUUUCCAGUUCUUGAGGAAUUGGGAAAUUCCCUGGGCCAUCUUAAACAGCUUCAUUCACUUCAUAUUUCACAAAGUGGAAUACUCAAGUUACCUGAGGAAAUUGGGAAUUUGGAAGCUCUAAAGCAUCUUAGAAUUGAUUUUUGUGAAAAUCUGGACAGACUUCCCAUGAGUAUUAAAGAACUUUCGAGCCUAUCCGUAUGUGCAUUCACUGGAUGUUCUAGACUUCAGUUGGAUCGUAGAGCAUUCCCUGAAAUAUCAACUAUAGAGACACUUCAUCUUGGUAAUUGCAAGGUUAGCGAUGAUUUCUUCCAUUUCAUUUGUUAUGAAGGUGUAUCCCUUAAAGAACUGAAGUUUGAGGAUGUGCGGCUUCCCACUACAAAAGAAACUGGAAGAGGGCUAACUAAACUUGCAUCAUUAUCUCUGUUAUCCUGUUCAAAUUUGAGUCAAUUUGACACUUUUACAGGGCUAUCAUCAGUUAAAAUUCAAGCAUGCCAAAGUCUGAAGAGGGUUACAGUGCCUCUUGUUGUUACUACUUUACAAACAUUAGAUCUGGAAGAAUGCAAGAACCUUGUUGAGAUAUGUUCCAUUGAGAACUUAAAAAAUCUGAAAAACUUAAAUAUUAGUGGCUGUUUUGACCUGCAUUCUAUUUCAGGCCUUGACAAAUUGAAUAAAGUGACAGAUCUCCGUUUGGCAUUGUCUGACUGGUAUCUUUUUUGUGGUGAUGGCUGGUUGGAGAAAGCUCUAAAGGCAAUAAAAAUUCCUAAGGUCACACAUCUGUUUGUAAAAGUUGAAUUAGAAAAAUUGGUGUUCAACCUUCCUGCAUGUUUCCAACAAAUUCCACAAUAUUCCUCAUCAGAAUUUAGAUUCAAGGUUCCUCACAGCCACAGGACCACAUUCUGUGGGGUUAUUAUAUGCUUUGUUUCAAACAGUAAUGUGAUACUAAUGCCCAAUUCAUUAAUGGGUCAUCUCAAUCGAACUCUAUAUCUCAAGCAUAUUAAUGGUGCUAAUUGCAUUGAGAUAUGCCAGUACAGAAUUCCCUUGACAGGCAGCUACUUUCAUGUUGGUAUAUAUAUGGAUGAAUUUCUGUUUUCAGAAACUUCUGCAGCUGGAAGCAACUUGGUCCUUUCCUCGGAAUUUAAUGAUCUUAUUUGUGGAGCAUGGAUUUAUCCAGUUUCUGCAGAAGAGAAGCACUCGGUUGGCCAACUGGCUUGCAAAUUGGUUGAAAGUUUCAGGGAAUAUGAAUCACUGGUUAGGCAUUAUGUUCCAUGGAAAGAGUUGGAGACACAGAAAUUGGAGAAAGAAUUCAGAAAGAUGGUGAUUGAUAUGGACUUUAAUGGUAUCCAUGCUCUUGGAAUCUCAAACUUCUUCAUUCAACGAACUUACAUAAUCACGGGUGUUGCAAUCUCUGUUGAAUGGAUUGGACCCUCGAAGUGGGUUAAGCGGCAGCAGCUUCUUUUUGAGGGUGUUAGCAAGUUCCAACAUCUAGACCUAGAGUUGAGCCAUGCAUGCAGGGGUUUGGUUGAAAAUCCUAGUGCCUUCCACUUUGAGGCAUAUGUUGCUAUCUUGACACCCAAAAGAUCAAAAAGCCACAAAGUUAAGGAGCUUAGAUACUAUGUUGAUGGAUCCUACCAGAACUACGACUUUUUGGAGAAGAUAGUUUUGUCACAUAAAACUGUAUUUCCAACUAUAUGAUUCUCUUAUUGGAGUCUGGACUGGUACUGGGUAGUAGGGUAGUAGGGUUGGCAUAGGGAUGCCAGUUGGGUUGCCCAAAUCAAAUUUGUAUUCUUUGGAUGAUUGACCAAUUAAGCAUGUAUUUCUAUCGCCUUGGACACUUUUUUUAUCAAUAAAUUUGCCUUGAUGCUUUCA